GGAAGAUAUUUUUGGGUAGGGGAGAGAGAAAGGGAGGGAUCACAGGAGAGUGAGAGAGACGGAAGCGGAGACGAAAGCGUAGAUCCAAAAGGCAGAGACACAACCCAGAAGCAGAAGCAUAAUAAUGAACAGCACAAAAGAAGAAAGUUGUGGCAAGGAACUGACAUGGAUCGAGUGUAUAUGGCCAAUCAUAGAACAUCUCUUGACUCGUAUAACAAAUGGCAAUAAAGAAGAAGAAGAAUGGAGCAACAAUAACAAAAAAGCACAUGCUAUAAAUGAAGAUGAUGAGGGAAGAGUAAGCAAAAGAAGCAAUAGCAACAAAAAGGUGGAAAUUGCAUAUGAUGAUGAUAAUGAGAGAAAAGCAAUGGACAAUACUGAAGAAGGAAGUAGUAACAACGAGAAGGCACGUAUUGCAGGUGGUGGUAGUGGGAAAGGAGAAAUGGACAUUAAAGAACAAGGAAGCAUUUACAACAAAUGGUCACUAAUUGGAGAUGAUGUCUUGGGCAUCAUUCUAAGAAACUUAGGCGUCAUUGAUUACCUUCAAACCCUAGCUGUAUGCUAUAGUUGGAGGUCCAUAGUCGUUAAAUGCAUUGCUGACAAACAUUGUCUUCCAUCACCUGAAUUGCCACUUCUUUUUCUUCAAACAAUGGAAAUGAAAAACCUUCCUUUCUUCGACUUGCCCAGAGGAAGAGUCUUCAACUCCACAGGGUUAUCACAUGAAUUCUUCCAUCAUUGCUAUGGCACAAUAAAAGGUUGGAUGAUCAUGGUUGAAUCUUUCAACAAUUCUUUUGAUUAUGUUCAAGAAACUGAUGUGCGGAUCUUCUUCUUCAACCCAAUAAUGAAUGCUAAGGUCUAUAUACCGUCAAGGUUGAAAGUAAAAGGUAAAAUUAGGAAUAUUGUGGCAUCAACAGAGCCCAAUGACCCAAACUGUGUUGUGGCAUGUCUUUUUCAUCGUAGCUAUGUGUUUGCAUUUAGUUGGAUUUCAAAUGAGUCAUGGACUAUCAUCAAAGAAGAUGUGUCUACAGCAUUGGCGUUCAUGCAUGCAGAGAUUAUUGAUGGAAAAUUGUAUGCUUUGACCAAUAACUCACUAUUAAACUCUUUGGUUUGUUAUGAUUUGCAAAAAGAACCCAUAAAACCCAAAAUUUUAGCAAGGCUUCCUGAAAGAAGAUUUCCUAUAAUAAGAGGGAAAACGGGUCCCGGGGACUUCAUUUAUGAUGGUGAUGGUUGUAUUCUUAAUUCUUGGGAAGCUCAUGGGGACAUUCUUCGAACUCUUGCAAUUGAUCCUUCAUCAGGGGAGCUGUUCCUUACUUAUUUGGUUUGCAACUCAAUCUUUAGGUUGAAGGAAAUGCUUAAUGAUACGGCAGGAAAGGAGUAUACUAGUCCACCCAAGAUUGUGGACAGCCAAGUGUUCAAGUUGGACAUGAGUAAAGAACCUAGAUGGAUAGAAGUUAAAAACUUGGGAAAUCGUAUGUUGUUCAUUGGGUAUUGGAAAAGUUUUGUGGUGUCAAAUGAUGCUCUUCAGUGCCCUAAAGAGUUUAUCAAAGGAAAUUGUAUUUAUUUUGCUUAUCGUUUUCCAUGUGUUAAGGGUAUCACGGAUGAAUGGAGAGGCUUGAGAAUCGGGAGGCAUCGUAGGAUGGAUAAAAUGGUUGAUUACUAUACAUUUGAAAGAUCUAGCUUCAUUGAGGUGCCAUAUCCAAUUUGGUUCAUACCAAGUCUUUCAUGACUCUAUAACAUAUAUUGCUUUAUAUUUCUUAGAUAUUAUUGAAGGUUUUUUGAGGUUA